UAUGGAUGUUUAAGAAAAUAAGUCACUAGUAACGUUGACUCACUAUAAACAUGUUGUUUUUAUUUUAUUUGUUGUUUAAUUUUCAAAUGUUUAAUUCUGGGUUUUCGCAAUGCACGUCAUCAGGAGAACCCAGCUGUAGCAGAGAUAAUGAAGUGUUCGUAAACUGUAAAGUCGAAUGCCCUGAUAGUUACUGUCCUGUGGACGACAGCCGUGGGAUUAUUGCAUGUGACCCACCAUAUCCUUGCCCACCUGGUUGUGUUUGCAAAUACACACACAGAAGAAAGAGCUUGACUGAUUUACAAUGCAUUGAACCUCAAGAUUGUCCCCCAGUGAAUUGCACUAGACCUAAUGAAGUAUGGUGUAGUUGCCCCUCACCCUGCCUCGCAGAGGGGUGUGCAGAUGUUAACAACCAGCCAACUACAUGCAACACACUCAUUAAGCCUGUUUGUAAUCCCCGGUGUGUUUGUAUGGAUGGAUACUUUAGGGACGACCGCGAUAUUUGUGUUCCUGCGGAAGACUGUCCAGAUGCGCAAACAUGAAGGCGGAAAGAAUAUUUAAUAAAAGCAAGAAAACGCCAAGAAUACAGUCUCCUAACACCUAGAUAAAUUUAUAGAAUAAAAUAAGAUUUAUGUAUUUUCAAACUUUAAUAAAAGUUGCUACAUUAAAAA